ACUUCCGUGCAACUUGUUUCGGAUGCGACCAUUCAAGCCCAAAACGGCCACAGGAGUGACUAUCGUUUCUGCCUGUUUGCCGGAGUGAAGUCACACGAGAGAUCACAGUUAAGAAACAGGCAACUUACAUCAUCCAAGAAGAGGGAAAAUGGCCCAAUGUGCAGAGCCUGGUGCCGUUAACGGAACGAAACCAAGAAGAGUAGCCAUCAUCACGGGCAUCACUGGGCAGGAUGGCUCUUACUUGGCAGAGUUUCUGCUGGAGAAGGGCUAUGAGGUCCAUGGUAUUUUGCGCAGAUCCAGUUCCUUCAACACUGGCCGCAUCGAGCACCUCUACAAAGAUCGCUGCACACACACAGAAGGAAGAUUGCAAUCAAAUCCUGCAUCCAUGAAGUCCCAGCACACACCCUAUAUGAAAUUACACUACGGGGAUCUGACAGACAGCACAUGCUUGGUAAAGAUCAUAAACGAGGUGAAGCCGACAGAAAUCUACAACCUUGGAGCCCAGAGCCACGUGAAGAUCUCCUUCGACCUGGCGGAAUACACAGCUGAUGUGGACGGCGUGGGGACACUGCGCCUGCUGGACGCGGUGAAGACGUGCGGACUCACUAACUCGGUGCGCUUCUACCAGGCCUCCACCAGCGAGCUCUACGGCAAGGUGCAGGAGAUCCCUCAGACGGAGACCACACCCUUCUACCCCAGAUCACCAUAUGGUGCUGCAAAGCUCUACGCGUACUGGAUAGUGGUGAACUUCAGGGAGGCUUAUGACCUCUUUGCUGUGAACGGAAUCCUCUUCAACCAUGAGAGCCCAAGAAGAGGUGCAAACUUUGUGACGCGUAAGAUCAGCCGGGCAGUGGCGAAGAUCCACCUGGGCCUGGCUGAGUCCCUGAGCCUGGGCAACAUAGACUCGAAGAGAGACUGGGGGCAUGCCAAAGACUACGUAGAGGCGAUGUGGCUGAUGCUUCAACAGGAGACACCGGAGGACUUUGUCAUCUCAACAGGAGAAGUGCACAGCGUACGAGAGUUUGUUGAGCGAGCCUUUAAACACGUAGGCAAAACUAUCGAGUGGGAGGGCGAGGGUGAGAAGGAGAUUGGACGCUGUGUGGAGACAGGCGUGGUGCAUGUGCAUAUAGACCCCAAGUACUACAGACCGACUGAAGUGGACUACCUGCAGGGAGACUGCUCCAAGGCUGGGAGGAUAUUGGGCUGGAAGCCAAAGGUGUCCUUUGAGGAACUCGUCAAGGAGAUGGUGGAUGCUGACGUGGAACUGAUGAAGAAGAAUCCAAAUGCCUGAAAAACACAAACACACAUUAUCCAUCCAUUCUUUCUGUUCCUUUAAGAAAAAAAAAAAACACUCCUCUCGUUUGAAAUGUCAAGAAGUGUCUUGUUUUUAUGUUACCUUUUUUUUAUUUACAUUUGCUUUGCCUUUGCACAUUACGUUGCACACGCGUUCCUGCAUCAUGUUACAUUCUGACCGCACAUUCCUCGCCUCUCAUGCCUUCCUCCUGUAUUUCUUUCCUUUCUGUUUUCUACGGUCAAAAAGAAGGAUUCAAUCACUUUUUAUUAUUUAACAAAGUCUAUUUUUUAUUUUAUUGUUACAGAAAAUGAAGGUGUUGCAAAAAUAAUGAACUUGUAUUGUAAACCUACAGAGAUUUAUUUCCUACGGUGUAAUCAUGUAAAAAGGGUUUUUUACAUUAAAUUCUAGAUGGAUUUAAAUUGA